AUGAAUCAUUUUUCUUUUAAUUUGUUCAUGUUCUUUGCUACUUUAAUUUCAGGUGCAUAUGCCCAACAAAAUUACUCAGGUCCUUUGGUGUGGGACUGCAAUAACACUGACGAAGCAGGUCCUUCUCCGGCUUUUCUUUACACUUGUAAUGGUGAGAGGAAACCAUGCCGGGCCUUUUUGAUCUUCAGACCUCAACCUCCUUAUGCUUCGGUGGCCAACAUAUCCAUGCUCACUUCUUCAGACCCGUCAGAGCUUGCUCGCGUUAACAAUGUUUCCAUCUUUGCAGUCUUUAAACCAAACAUAGAAGUGAUUGUUCCUGUUACUUGUGCAUGUUCUGGUCAAUACUAUCAGGCCAACACCUCUUACACUGUGGCUCCAUUUGAUACCUAUUAUACAGUGUCUACGUAUAAUUAUCAGUCCUUGACGACUUGUGAUUCUGUAACGCGUCAAAAUCCUUACAAUGCAUUGGAGUUGAAGAUUGGCACUAAAUUGCUGAUACCACUUAGAUGUGCCUGUCCGACGAAAGAACAAAAAGUUGAUGGCACAAAUUUUCUUUUGACGUAUGGGGUUAUUGGCGAUGAAACUGUAUCACAAAUCAGUGACAGUUUCAAGGUAAAAAGUACAAGUGUAACUUAUGCAAAUGGGCUAUCUGAAGAAGCAUCAGUUCUUUAUGGGGCGACGACUAUAUUAAUUCCAUUGCAGAAAGAGCCUGCUGGCCCUCUAACAAGAAUCAAUUCUUCCUCUUCAAAGUCAAAGAAGGGAGUUUUCAUUGGAAUUGCAGGUGGUAUUUCAUUCGCGGCUUUCUGUCUUGUUUUGUUUCUAUGCUAUACGCGCAAACAUGAAGUAGAUGAUUAUAAAAAGCAGAGAUGGGAAUUACCACGAGAUCUUUUAGCAGGUGUUGCUCAUCAUGUUGACCAGAAUUGCUUAAAAGUUUUUGAUUUUGAUGAAUUAGAGGAGGCCACGGAGAAUUUUAGUCCUGAGAACAAAUUGGGGACUUCUGUUUAUCACGGGGUUCUUCGUGGGAAGAUGUUAGCCGUUAAAAGGAUGAGCAGAGAUAUAUCUAGAGAGGUUCACAUUCUCAAAAGGAUCAAUCACUUUAACUUGAUUGCACUAUAUGGGGCCUGUGAGCAUGGUAAUAUGUUGUAUCUUGUUUAUGAGCUUAUGGAAAAUGGUUGCUUGAAAGAAUGGCUCAGAAAAAAGAGCAGCCCAAAGAUUCAUAGUUGGAAUUGCAGGAUUAGUAUUGCUUUGGAUGUAGCCAAUGGACUCUUGUAUCUGCAUAAUUUCACCAGUCCAGCAUAUGUGCAUAAGGACAUCAAUAGUAGCAAUAUAUUACUCAACAGAGAUCUAAGAGCCAAGAUUGCUAACUUCAGCUUAGCAAGAUCAGCCGACAUAGGGGAAAAUGGAAACUCCUCCAUUAAAUUUUCUAUGGAAACAAAAGGCUACAAGGCACCUGAAUACUUAGAAGCUAACAAAGUGUCACCUAAGGUGGAUAUUUAUGCAUUCGGGGUUGUUCUGCUGGAACUAAUUACAGGUAGAGAAGUUGUUUUGAAGCAGGAUGGAGAAGAGGUUUUGCUGUCUGAAAAAGUACUAGCAAUUAUGAAUGAAAAAGAUAAUGAAACUAAGCUUCAAGAACUCGUAGACCCCUGUCUGCAGAUGAAGCAUCCACUUGGUUACAUUAUUGAUCAAACUGAUUUGACUCUGCGGAUGAUAAAUUUAAGCGUCGCCUGUUUACAAGUAGAGCCAUCGAGGAGAUUAACUGCAUCUGAAGUGGUUUCAACUCUGCUGAAGAUCCAGAUGGAUGCUCUGAGGCCAGAAUUUUUAUCCAUGUAG